CGUGGGCUGAUGGGGGACGGGUCGUGGCGCAGGUGGCCCCGUUGGAGUCCUGCUAAGAUCGCAGGAUGGAGGCGCCCGGGAGAAGCGAACCUCGCCUUUGGGAGAAUGAAUGAAGCGCUGUGGAAGCGCCUUCCGACUCCUCCGGGCGAACGGAUUGGCCGGCGUGCGCGCGUGUGUGUGCGUGUGUGUUUAGGAUUCAGAGCCGCCAGGGUCCUGGGCGCGGCUGCUUGACCGCCCCGUCGCGGUCCCGGCCCCAGGUUGCCCGUCCGCCCUGCAGCCGGGGUCGGCCCGCGGGGGCUGGAGCGGCGGGUACAGACUGAAGGCUGAGGUUCGGGGGCUGGCUGUCGGCAGCUGGACGUCCGCGCCUGGAGUAGGGAGGUUCGAGAAAGAGGCAAUAAAGCCUGGGGCUGAGCCCAGCUUCCCCGCCUCCGGCCCCGUUUUCCCAUUCCCCGAGGCCCUUGCUGCAUUCACGUUGGGUAAUCUGACAUCUUAAGGAUUUUGUUUCCCAUGAAGAGGAAACAUUUCAAAGGAACAUAGGAUGUGAAAGAAGAAAUCUCCAUGGACUCUACAUGGAUGGUGUUUCUGUCCAUCUCUCAUUGAGGCCAUGAGAUCUUCUAAUCCCUUGGGUGUUUCCAUGUUCUCCAGCAAGAACACGUCCACUUCAUUUGGUGCCAUGGGAAAAACCUGAAGGUCAGGAAGAAGUGCUCCUGACCUGUGGCUUUUUCCAGGAUUACAGAGCAUGACAAUUGGACAUCACUCGUGUUAUCUUUCGGAGGUAAACCAAAGAACGUGAUCCCUCAUUCUCUGGUGGUUUGGCACCUGCUCAUUUUUAUUCUGGUUUCUGUUGCUUGUGCCUUCCAAUCAUCUUAUGUGAUCACUGAGCCAUCCUUCAAGUUUCACAGCACAACUUGCAGGGAUCCAGACUCCUCAGGGGCUCGCCCAUGGCUCAGUGGGCCAGCAGUCCAGGGGCAUUAUCAUGAGGCACUGCAUUAAUUGCUGCAUCCAACUGUCGCCUGACGACGUACAGACACAGCAGGUCAGCUGCCGAGGAGGCUCCCAUCACGGUCGCCAGGAGUGUCCAGUGUGCAAAGCAGAAAACAAAAUUGUGUUUCGAGUGGACGGUAAGCAGAUGAACUUGCUGGCUGUUCUCGAAGUGAGGGCUGAUGGGAAUGAGAGCUGGGGUGGGUUUUUGCGCUUCAAGAAGGGGAAGCGAUGCAGCCUUGUUUUUGGAUUGAUAAUAAUGACGUUGGUGAUGGCUUCUUACAUCCUUUCUGGGGUCCACCAAGAGCUUCUGAUCUCAUCGCCUUUCCAUUACGGAGCCUUCCCCAGCAAUCCCAGCUUGACGGAGGGUGAAAAUCCAAGUGACGCAAAAGAACAUCAUCACCAAUCCUCUGUAAAUAAUAUUUCAUACGUGAAGGACUAUCCAAGUAUUAAGUUAAUUAUCAACAGCAUCACAUCCAGGAUUGAGUUCACCACCAGACAGCUCCCAGACAUAGAAGAGCUCAAGAAGCAGGAAUUGCAUAUGUUUUCCGUCAUCCCGCACAAAUUUCUUCCCAAUAGUAAAAGCCCCUGUUGGUACGAGGAAUUCACGGGCAGGAACACCACCGACCCCUACCUGACCAACUCCUACGUACUCUACUCCAAGCGCUUCCGCUCCACCUUCGACACGCUGCGCAAGGCUUUCUGGGGCCACCUGUCCCACGCGCACGGCAAGCACUUCCGCCUCCGCUGCCUGCCGCACUUCUACAUCAUUGGGCAGCCGAAGUGCGGCACCACCGACCUCUACGACCGCCUGCGGCUGCACCCGGAAGUCAAGUUCUCCGCCAUCAAGGAACCGCAUUGGUGGACCCGGAAGCGCUUUGGAAUCGUUCGCCUGAGGGACGGGCUGCGGGACCGCUAUCCUGUGGAAGACUACCUGGACCUCUUUGACCUGGCCGCACACCAGAUUCAUCAAGGACUGCAGGCCAGCGCUGCGAAGGAGCCGAGCAAAAUGAAUAGAAUCAUUAUCGGCGAGGCCAGCGCCUCCACCAUGUGGGACAACAACGCCUGGACACUCUUCUAUGACAACGGCACAGACGGCGAGCCCCCCUUUCUGACCCAGGACUUCAUCCACGCCUUCCAGCCAGACGCAAAGCUGAUCAUCAUGCUCAGGGACCCUGUGGAGAGGUUGUACUCCGACUAUCUCUACUUUGCAAGUUCGAAUAAAUCUGCAGAUGACUUCCAUGAAAAAGUGACAGAAGCUCUGCAGCUGUUUGAAAAUUGCAUGCUGGAUUAUUCAUUGCGCGCCUGCGUCUACAACAACACCCUCAACAACGCCAUGCCUGUGAGGCUCCAGGUUGGGCUGUACGCCGUGUACCUUCUAGACUGGCUCACUGUCUUUAACAAGGAGCAGUUCCUCAUCCUCCGCCUGGAAGACCAUGCCUCCAACGUCAAGGACACCAUGCACAGGGUCUUCCAGUUCCUCAGCCUUGGACCCUUAAGUGAGAAGCAAGAGGCCUUGAUGACCAAGAGCCCGGCAUCCAACACGCGGCGUCCCGAGGACCGGGAUCUGGGGCCCAUGUGGCCGGUCACCCAGAGGCUUCUGCAGGACUUCUACGGGCCUUUCAAUGCCCGGCUGGCACAGGUCCUCGCUGAUGAGGCCUUCCUGUGGAGGAAAACGUGAGACCGGCUUCCCGGAGCCGGCAGGGCUGUGGUUUCUGUGACUUCCAUGGUCUGAAGGUCUCUCUUGGUGGGGAACUCUUGUGCUCAGAGCCUGGAGGAGAUCCCCCUCCCUGGGCCCGUAUUUGUGGAAUCUGGUUCCGAAUCCUUUGUGACGUCACACAGCCCAGCAAGGACCCAUCACCAAGCCUCGGAUGGAGGCUGUUGGAGAGUCCACUUGGAAAGGGGUCCCCUUCUGCUCUGAGAGUGUCUGGGCUCCAGGACGAGGCAGGCCGGUGCUGGGCGGGGGUGCAGGAGGGUGCUGGGUGUGGAGUCUGGGCUUUGAUGAUUCCAAGAUCCACUGGAGGCCCCAGCCCAGGGAGGGCCAGGAUACACACUACACAUUCAGUUUCACAAUCCUCUGUUCAGGUCACUAAACCUCAUGAUGGUGGAGAAUGGAUUCUCAUGGAGAAUCAUGAGGUUCAUUUCAUUUUUUUUUUUUUUUUUGCCUUUUACCCCAACGUCAGCCCUUCUGUCUCUUCAGAUAUAAACCCUAUCAACUUCACUAUUUACAAGAGAAAAGACACAAGCCAAUUUUGGGUAGCACAUUCCUGUCUUGGACCUCCUCCCCUUCUGUCCUCGUGGACUUUACUUAUGUUUAAAAAGAAAGCGAAUGUAUUUAAAACAAACCACUUUCUGCAUUUCACUGGCUGGAGCUCUUUUUCUGUCCAUCUAGAUGUUUUCUCAAGAGGGUUUUUUUUUUUUCAGUUUCUAACUGGAGAUAUAAAUUCAGUUUAAAAUCAGAAGGGAAAUGGUUGCUGUUAAUGCCAGACUGAGCACCUUGAAGGAAUACGGAUUUUUCCAUGGACCUUGGCCCCAGCUGUGCCCCUGAGGGCCUCAGAGAGCUGCCUGCGCUGGGAGGUUUUAGUUCUGGGGGCCACAGGCUCCACUGCUCUGCCUUCCUCUCUAGUGAGCUUGUUACCACUUUCUCCUCCAUAUGUGGCCAGAGGGCCUUCCUCACCCAGCGAACUGCAGAAUGCCCGUUUCUGAUCCAGAAAUACGCACGUGAGCUCUGCCUGGGCCGGACGAGCUGUGCUGGGAUUCCAUAUGAGAAAGCCGGGAGCAGAUCCUUGACAGAACUUUCUGGGCCACUUGGCAGCUCGUUUGCUGUCAGAUGCGCUGACAGUCUUGCUGUUUCUUGGAGGUGAUGGGAAAGAUUGAACACUGUCCUUGCACACAAGCCCCAAGGCGGGACCCCCAGCUAAGCUCUGCACGUGGUUGUCAGUGGAAGCUUCUGCGAGUCAGAAGUCUCUAGGUCGAGGUGCCGGGCACACUACCAGUCAGAAAGUGCAAACACCUCCAUGGGCAGCCGCCACUCGUGGGGCUGAGGAUUCACUCAGCUGUCCCAUCCCUACUGCCGUCGGAGGUGGGAUGCUCUGUCCACUUGAAGGUGCGCGGUGGGCUCGCCCAUGCCCUGGCUGUUUCCUCUGUGGAGGAGCCCGGGUCCCGAACUCCCACUUUCAGGGACAGGCCCCCUCUUCCUCUCUCCCCGUGGCACUCGGAGCAGCAGCCCACAGGAGACGUGGCCUGAGCACGAGGUUCUGUAGGGAGAUAUAACUGGCGCAUUCGUGUGUAUUUAUUGGCAGUACAGGUGUGCAUGUGUGGGUGCGUGCGUGUGUUUCUCAGUGGGUUCCCUUCAGUUCUGUUGCCUAUCAGCCCCCUCUGCUCUGGACUCAACCCCCAUUCAUGGGUUCAUUCCUCUGCCAGUUCUUUAACAGCUUGUCGGGUUCAGCCCACGUUUUGCUCUUCGGCCCCAACCGUGGUCACAAGGACUUUGCUCAUGCACCCCUACGCAUGUGAACAACAUGCAGCGUAAUUCUGCUUCUUACAGAAGUGUAACCGAAAGUCUUACUUCCAAUAUUAUUUGGUUUAUUAUACAAAUCUUUCUACAGACGCAGGCCCAUCCUUGGGGGCCAGUCAGCACUGUCUGCGCGGACCCGGUUUCUCCAGGGGCCUUUCUCCAAAGGGCUGUCUGCCCGCCGCCUUUGCUUUCCUCUGCUCUCGCGUGCGAGGCCCCUCUCCUUGUGACAGCAGAGCUGCUGUUUCGAGCGGUGGUCCUUGAGCCCAUCAUCCCAAACCAAAGCGAAUCAGAGCCUCUCUCACGACCCGAGUUACUUUGUGUCCCCAAAGCUGUGCAUCCGACUGUAUUAAACUGUACCCCCUUCGUCGCGUUAAGGUGUGUUCAUGAA